UACCUAUUUCAUUUGUCAGUCCUUUCAGCCCCCCUUUUCUUUUAUCAAACAGACCACGUGACUUUGAACCCCACCACCAAUGGUCGGGCCGGCGGGUAUGGUAUCGGAUUCGGACCUCAUAACCCGUCUCCGGGAAAUCUUGGCCACGUCGGACCUCACGACAACAACCACAGCUAGUGUUCGCAGGAAACUAGAAGAAGAUUUUGGCAUAGAUUUAUCCGACAAAAAAACAUUCAUUCGACAACAAGUCGAUGUUUACUUACAAAACCACCAACAAGAAACCGAUGAUUUUGAAGAAAUUCAAGAACAAUUAGAUGCUGUAAAUGAAGAUGAAAAUGAAGAAGAAGACAAAGACAAAGAAGAAGAAGGAUCGGAUGAAGAAGAAGAAGCUAGUAAUGGUAAAAGCAGUAAAAAAAGGUCAAAAAAGCAGAACACUGAGGUGAAAAAAAGAGGCGGAGGGUUUACCAAGUUAUGUAGUCUUUCUCCACAACUUCAGAAGUUAAUCGGGGUUCCUGAAUUAGCCAGGACAGAGGUUGUUAAACAACUUUGGAGCUAUAUAAAAGAACAUGACUUGCAAGACCCGGCCAAUAGAAAGAACAUACGUUGUGAUGGACCGCUUCAUGAACUUUUUCAAGUAGAUAGUAUAGACAUGUUCCAAAUGAAUAAGGCUCUUGCCAAGCAUAUCUGGCCUUUGGAUUCUGACGGUGCUUCAGUAAGUUCUGCGCCAAAGGAAAAGCAAAGGAAGGAGAGAGACGAAGAUGCAGAAGAGACAAAGAGAAAGGAGAAGCGUCAAAAGGGUGGUAGUGGUGGUGGUGGCAGUAGCGGUUCUGGUAUCCAUGCUCCAAUUCCACUUUCAGAUGCUCUGGUGAAAUUUCUAGGAACAGGAGAAAAUGCAUUGGCACGCUCCGAUGUUGUGAAGAGAAUUUGGGCCUAUAUCAAACAAAAUGACCUUCAGGAUCCAUCUGACAAGAGAAGAAUAUUAUGUGAUGACAAGUUGAAAGAGCUCUUUGAUGUUGAUUCCUUUAAUGGAUUCACUGUUUCAAAACUCCUGACUACUCAUUUUAUAAAACCUGAAAGGUGAGUUGCUGACUUGCUUUUGUCUCUUCGCUGCUAACAGCACUGAGAGUUAUAGGAUUUUUUAAAAUCUUUUUUUUAUAUUACUAACCCUUCUUUGUUUACAUUUUGUAUUAGUCCUUUCGGACAGACAUUCCAACAACGGGAAUGUAGAAUACUAUGAUUACUAAAAAGAUUUUGGAUUUCUUUCAUAACAUUUUAUUUUA